ACAAAAAACUUCUAAUGAGUUUUUGGCAGGGUUUAAGAUUGCAAGGGUUUUUGGUUGUCACUGAAUGAAAGUAUGAAACCAUAGACACCACACCGCAUAGAAAUGAUAAAGAGCCGCCAAUAUUCUCCCCCGUCUCCGCUCUUUGACAGUCACGUCAAUCUCAUGACCUCACUCACUCACUGACGUCUACACUCUGCACUUUUCACAUAACCAAUAAAUGGAACACGAUUUCGCUGACGACGAUUUCGGAGAACUUUACGCCGACCUCCAACUUCCCCCCAUUUCACCACCACAACAAAACAAUGACUGCGCCGAUUCAAACGACAACACCGUUGCCUCCGAUACCGCCGCCGUUGCCUCCGAUUCCGCCGCCGUUGCAAAUGAUGAUUAUGCUGGAACUGACAGCGACGAUGGUUUGGAUAUAGUUUUGAACGACGACGAUUGUCGUGGUUUUGCAGUUGGUUGUGAUGGCGAUGUUCAUGGUGGAGGUUUGGAUAAAAACGGUGGUCGGGAGUGCUCCGAGCAGUCGAAAGCUGGCUCGGAGUUUGUUAGUUCUGAUGCACAUUAUGGUAAAGGGGGAUACGGUUCACAAUUUUUUCGUUCUAAGCUUAUGAAGACUCAAGGGUCCGUGUUUGCAAACAAUUGUUCGUCUUUCGCUCAAGGAAGGGGGGAUAAUAUGCAGAAUCGGGCGUCAAGCUCCGGUUACUUUGAUGGAUCUUUUCUUCCUUGGCAUUGGAAAAUAUAUGGUGUAAACAUUGAUAAACUUGAGGAGAAGCCGUGGAGGAUUCCUGGAGCUGACAUAACAGAUUACUUCAAUUUUGGUUUUGAUGAGAACACCUGGAAGCAGUACUGUCUGUCUAUGGCAUCCACACAGGAGCGAUUUGAUCAACCUGUAUCAGAGAGCUUACUAUCUCAUUCCUCAAAAUGUGAAAUGCCAAAGGGGAGGGCAAUACAGGUUGAGGACAGUCUGGUUGAGCGCCAACCGUCCAUACAUACGAGGCGUCCACGUGAUAUAGAUUCUGAUGUUGUUAUACAGAUCAAGGUGCAUGGAUCCCCUGGCAACAAUUCUGGUUCUGUCAAAAGCAACAUACACGAUUUAUCUGAAGUGGGGGAACUACUUUCAGGAAAUAAUAGAUACAAAAGCAAUUCUUCCAAUGAAAGUGAUGUUCUAUCUGAUGAGCAACUAGAAAAUGCUAAAAAAUCAGAAGAGUCAUCUGGUCAAGAAAGAAAAGUGCUGAUUCCUGAUGUGGUUAAAGUUCAGCAUUCAGAUGAAGAGGACCGAGAUUCCAAAGAUGGUAAAUUGCCAGAGGAAGAAAUAAAAUUAGAGGAGAGAGUUGGCAUUGACACAUGUAGUGCAGAUCCAUGCUGGAGUGAACCAGAAUUAUCAUUUGGUGAUCAAGAACUUAGUCUGACUUCCUAUUCUGACAAUGAUUCUGAGGGAACUCAAGAUAGUCUACAUGUUUAUAAUGAUCGAAAUCAUAGCCCUUUAAGAAGUCAUUUGGUGAGUUCUGAUGCCAACUUAAAGGAGUCUUUGUCACUUUAUGAUAAAACCUCAAAGAACAUCAGUGUCAACAGAAAACCAGUAAAUAUAUCUUAUUACUCAAGAAAUAGAGGUACAGUACAACAGGAUCAGAGGCAUCAAAGUGGUAGUAGGCAUAUGCCCAGUUCCAAGCUGACAAAGCACAUAGAAAAUGAUAAUAAUAUAUCUCACACCCCGAGAUCCAGCCGAAGGAAUCUGUCUCCAUGGGGUCAUCAAUUUGUUAAUUACAGAUCGCAUGAACGGCUCCAAUAUUUUGGAAGUCAUGAAAGAAACGAUGUUUCAUAUAAUUGGGAAACAAAACAAACUUGCUAUUAUGGUGCUGACAAAAAUGUUGAUGACCUGGAUCAUACAGUAUACAGUGAAUAUUCAGAUAGGGAAAGUGAAGACAGAUUCAGGGAGAAUGGAAAUCAAUAUAUCAGAAGAAGUGGGGAUAAGAGGGAGUGUGUUUUAGAACGAAGAACUCUAUUAAAAUAUAAUGAAGACAGUGGUUGGCAUGAUGCUAGUAGAAAACAGUAUGUUGAUGAUCACCCAAGUCUCCUCUCAUACAGGGAGUCAAGGCAGUUUCAUCCAAGGCACUCCAACUUUCCUGCUGAAGAUAGGGAAGCUCAAAGGCAAAUAAAGCAUUACAGGCCUCUGUUUAACAACAGAAACUGUGAUUAUGAUCAAUAUUUUGAUGAAGAUGAGUUUGAGACUUUAAACAAAAGUUGUAGAAUGCCCUCUUCUUUUGCCAAGAGAGAAAGGGAAUUUUUUGAUAAUACACAUGAAGAACAGUUUCUUCGAAGUGAUAGAGUACUAGAAAAAUAUACAGGAAGGGAUAGACAUCAUUACAGGUCCCCCGUAGUUGUGGAUACCCUGUGUUCUGGGGAACCAGAAGAUGAGUUCGCUGAUUAUGCAUGUAAUCAGAAUUCAUAUUUGAAGUAUCAGAGACAACCUUAUACUGGUUCAGAUAGAUAUUGUAUGCAUAGAGAGAGUGAUAGUUUUAGGGGACAUGAGAGACAUAACCAUGCUACCAACAGUAGAAAUGACUGGCACUAUGAUUAUACUGAUGCUAUUGAAGAAGAUUGCACAACAUCUCCCGUAGACGAAUGUGAGUUUUACCCUCUCCCAUCUGAGGUUCCACACUGGAGCAACAAUGAUAAUAUUGAUUGGCCUCAUGAUGGAUAUGGAUUGUACCCUGACGAGGGUGCAAGAUUCUAUGAGGAAACUCCAAGGCACGAAAGACAUGCAAGAAAUGUAACUUUGCAUGCUAGGAUGCAUAGACAUGAUAUAAAAUUGCAGCAGCAUCGGAUACUAUUAUCAAAGAGAGAUCGAGACAGCUUUUUAAAAAGAAGCUCUAAGGUUAUGAGUAGAGAUCACUGUCACCAGACAGUGAUGAGAUGCAGGAAAUCGGUUGACAUGGUUAAUAGGGAAGGAAAGUCUGCAAAAAAUUCCAGAGUGACGUGCAACAAUAGACAUGAAAAUUUGGAUCAAGGGAAUGCUGAGAAGCGGAAAGCUUUGGUGGGUUUUGAUGAUUCUCGUCAGAAGGCUAUCAAACUUGACAACUCAAAUCCUCAGUAUGACAAUGGAAAUAAGAAACAACUUCAGAACCUUUCAGAUAAAGGACAGAAAAAAGGUUUGGAUAUAGAAGAAGGUGAAAUAGUAAUAGAAGAGCCACAUGUGGAGGUUUCUGUAUCCAGAAAAGGUGUUCCCGAGGGUGCAGCAGUUGCUGACAGUACGAAGAACAAAAUCUCACAAAAUGGACACACUUCUGAACUGCAUACGAGUAAUACUGACAGCGAGAAGAUUCUUGUUACAUUGGCCAAAAUGGAGAAACGUAGGGAGCGCUUUAAGCAGCCCAUCAGUUUGAAAAAAGAAGCUGAGCAGCCCAUCAGUUUGAAAAAAGAAGCUGAAAAGAGUUUAGAGGCUGAACAGAGUUUGAAGCUGAACACUGAGUCGACAGUUAAUAUAGGCGAAAUAAAGCAACAUAGGCCAAUUCGAAAGAGGCGCUGGAACGGUGGUUAGUUUUUAUGUUGGAGGAAUAGGUUUUAAUUGAUGUUUACAUUAUUGAAUAUCUGGAGAGGAUUGUCUUGUUGUUUUACUAUAUUUCUCCAGUAAUGGCUGAGAUUUCGGGUCUAUAUUUUACCUGAUUCUUGGGCUUUGCUAUUUCAUUUGUAACUGAAGAUUACUCACUGACUUUGGUGUGGAAGUUUUUAAAUUGUGGUGCAUACAUUUGGCUAUUGGUAUAAAUUUUACUUCACAUAUAUUCAAUUCAAUGACAUUAUAUUAUAUAUUGUUAGUGUAAAUUUUAUUUAUAAUAUUAAUCAGUUAUAAUUUUUUUUUAUUGUUAUUAACAUUUGACUUUGUUCUUAAAUAUUUCUAAAAUCACAAAUUUUACACAGAAAAAGCAUAUUUUUGUUUGUUCACCUGUUUAU